AUGCCGUCCUUUAAGCCCUUCUCCUCAGUGACCGGGCGCAACUCAUACAGUCUCUUCGACAUUCGAUUAGACAGCGACUUCAUCGUCUUUCGAGGAAGCGAACAUGAGUCGUCCGGUCAACUUCUCAAGGGCACUCUUGUGCUCUGCCUUCAGGCGCCGCUAAAGAUGGAAGAUGUGCGCCUGCGACUAGUUGGUACCCUGCGCCAUUCUUGGGCUGACCCGAGAGGAAGUGCCCCUGGCGUUUCGGGUCAAAAAGUAGAUAAGACGACGACGAUUCUCGAGCACCGCUGGGCGCCCUUUGUGGGCACCCACGGUAAGAGCAUGACGCUCCCCGCCGGAAACUACGAAUGGCCCUUCGAUUACAUGCUCCCUGGCAACAUGGCUGAGAGCGUUGAGGGUAUCCCCGAGGCCUCGAUCACUUAUAGACUCCGAGCGACCGUUGGACGAGGAAAACUCGCUUACGACCUACACGCGAACAAGCACCUUCGAAUUAUCCGAACUCUAGAGCCCGGCGCUCUGGAGUUUCUCCACGCUAUGAGCGUUGAGAACAUCUGGCCUAACAAGGUCGACUACUCGAUUGUCAUUCCUCAAAAGGCUGUUGUCUUUGGCGGAGUGGUAACGAUGGAGAUGCGAUUUACACCACUACUCAAGGCACUUGAACUUGGUGACAUCACAGCAAGACUGAUUGAAGUUCGUGAAUGCUGCGUUCAGGGAUCUUCAGGUUACAGUGUCAAGGAGCACCGAACAGAACGUGAGGUGUCGACUUGGAAGUUCGAGGUGACGAGGGAGGAGCACUGGCAGGAUAUGAUUGAGGAUACUGGCCAGGAGGGUUGGGCUCUGACCAAGAAGCUCAGUCUGCCUAAGAGGCUUCGCCAGUGUAUCCAAGAUCUGAACCACCAUGGUAUCAAGGUCCGACACAAGAUCAAGCUGACUGUUGCGCUCUGCAACCCCGAUGGUCACAUUUCCGAGCUCCGAGCUACCCUCCCCGUUUCCAUCUUCAUUUCCCCGAAUAUGCCUCUUGACGAAGAGGGCAACCUCGUCGAUCAGUCACCCUCUCAGACCACCGAGCAAGAACUCACCACCAUCGCACCUCCGGGAUACGGCGAGCACGUCCUCGACCAGCUGUACGAGGACGUUGACAUCAACGGUUUCCAGACCCCUGGGUUCCAGUCCGGCGUCAACAGUCCCUUCUAUGCGCAAUCUCGCUCUGGUUCGGCCGAAAACCUCGCAGCCGCCCUCACACAUAGCCGACCUGUGGCACCUGCUGCACUAUCAUCCCGACUAGCAGAUGUGUCACUUGACCCUUCGCAGCGAAACUCAUCCUACACUUCGAUUGGAUCAGCGGGAUUCAUGUCCCCGACGUCGGCUCCUCACGCGGCGGCUCCGCGAUCGGAGCCUGCCUCCGCCGCUCUCACUAGGAGCAACAGCGCUGGCGAUGACUCGUCACGCAAUUCAUCAGAACAUGUCGAUCUGGACGUAUCCGACUUGACCGAAUUGAACAAGGUGCCGAGCUACCAGACUGCCGUGAAAACACCGGCACGCUCGCGCUCUGGAACUGGUGAUGUCGUUCUCCCGGAUUACCAGACAGCGCUGAGCGCUCCACGAACACCACCAGCGACUGAUCACCCAGCCGAUCCCUUGGGUACUAUCUCGGAGGAUCAGGUUGGUGAAGAUCACCACAUUCAGCACGUCUCGCGCCCAGCCAGCUUCAUUGGCCGGUCCUACACAGACGAUGCUGCUACCUACAGAAGGAUGCACAAUGCGCAGGGACGCAACCAAGUCUUCUAA